AUGUCUUCGAUAACACCACUAUUAAAACCAAAUGGUGAAUGGAAUUUGUUGCUAUUAAAUAAGGUUGUAUUUUUAACAGGCGGCGGGGGUUACAUUGCACAAUCCAUCGCUCACACAUGUUAUUCACAUGGUGCAAAAAUUGUUUUAGCUGAUAUUAAUAAGCAGGCUGCAUUGAAUACCAAACAACAAAUAUUAUCGGAAAACAAUCAUAAUGAUGAUAGUCGAAUACUGGUUGUUGAACUAGAUAUUGCUAACGAUGACAGUAACAAAAAUGCCGUGAACUACGUUAUUUCAAAAUGGAAUACAAUCAAUAUAUUAAUAAAUACUGCUGCUAUCUAUCCUGCUGGUAACAUUGAAACAACAAGUGAAGACGAUUGGCUUAAAACGCUUAAUGUCAAUGUUAAAGGUUCAGCGCUAGUAACAAAACACAUUGUACCAGUAAUGAAACAGAAUCAAGGACAAUAUUCGUCCAUAGUUUUAUUUGCAAGUGCAACUGGAAUGAUUGCAUUUCCAUUGCUGAUGGCAUAUUCAACUACAAAAGCAGCUGUUAUAGAAUUAACAAAAUCUUUGGCUUUAGAGUUAGGACAAUAUAAUAUUCGUGUCAAUUCAAUAAGCCCAGAUUCACCAGCAUUGUUCGAAGCAGCGAAAAGAUUAAAUAUACCCGAUGAUGUUUAUCGUGUGAAUACAAGUGGCAAAUGUAUAAAACGUUUAGGACAAGCACAAGAGUUAGCAAACAUGAUUGUUUUCUUGGUGUCCGAUCUAUGUCCAUUUUGUACAGGAGCGAAUAUUGUCGUCGAUGGAGGUCUCAUUAUUUAA